GGAAAAAGGUUUUUAAUUUUUUAGAGGAUUUUCAAGUGUCUUUAAAAAGAAUGCAGACAAUUAAAUGUGUUGUAGUUGGGGAUGGAGCUGUUGGAAAAACCUGUUUGUUAAUUUCUUACACAACAAAUAAAUUUCCUUCUGAAUAUGUGCCGACUGUCUUUGAUAAUUAUGCGGUGACUGUAAUGAUUGGAGGAGAACCUUACACUUUGGGCCUUUUUGACACUGCUGGGCAAGAAGAUUAUGACAGACUCAGACCUCUUUCAUAUCCACAGACUGACGUUUUUCUUGUUUGUUUUUCUGUUGUUGCGCCUGCUUCGUAUGAAAAUGUUAGGGAGAAGUGGGUCCCAGAAAUUGCUCAUCACAGUCCAAAGACGCCUUUUUUACUCGUUGGAACACAAGUUGAUUUGCGUGAAGAUGGGACGACAAUUGAAAGGCUGGCUAAAAAUAAGCAGAGACCGAUUCAGCCAGAACUUGGAGAGAAAUUGGCAAAAGAGCUUAAAGCUAUUAAAUAUGUGGAAUGUUCGGCGUUGACACAGAAGGGCCUGAAGAAUGUUUUUGACGAAGCAAUCAUGGCCGCUUUAGCUCCAGCUCCGCCUGAAAAGAGGAAAAGGUGUGCUGUUCUUUGA